UCAGUAAGCAAAUGAGUCUUCAGCAAGGCUCCGUGGCAAAGUGCAAGCGCGCAGGCGAAAUAUGUAUGUAAGGCAAGAGUGGUGGACGUCAUGAGAUGUAUGUGGUGGUCGCAUGGAACGAUCAGCCUGUCAACUGCUCGUUCCGGUCUAGCUAUGCUUGUAACCUGCAGCAUCGCCCCCUCCUUCAGAGCGCUAGAAGGCGCACAAAAUGCUUAUCUCUCUACCCUCGUGGUUCAAGCGCGAAUUAUGAAUGCUAAUGGCGCGGAAGUGAUAACCGUGGCACACAGGGUGCCGGAAGAGCCUUGUCCUCCAAGUCAUCUGCUCCCACCCUUCAUCCUCCGUCACUUGGCCUGAGUCAAUCACAGCCCCUCGCGGU